AUGGUGCUCGAUUCAGCGGCAGGAAAGAUCAGCAGAGAUGUACUUGGGGCCUCAUCUGGCAGUGUUUUGGCACGUGUUCAGAGGCUCAAGGUCGAGCCUUCUCGCCAGUGCUCGCGUUAUUCGCUUGGACCAAGCUGUAUAAAUGGCUCGGUUCCUCGUGAAGAGUCCAUGUGCACACUCGAUCUUGAGAAAUCUCUUUUCAGCACUGUCGAGUGUAUCCCUGGACACACAGAGUCGCCGUAUUCCAAGCCACUUCAACAGCACAUAAUGGGUAGCAUUACGCCGAGCCGUGGCUACAAAAUCCAGGAGGUUCCAUUGGGAUCGCCUCGGCCUUUCCGUCUGGUAUGCAUCGGUGCCGGUUAUUCAGGGCUACUCCUAUCCAUCAUUGUAGGUCAGAAGAUGCAAGGGGAGAACCUUGACUAUCAGGUUUACGAGAUGAAUCGCGAUCUUGGUGGCAAGUGGCUGGUCAACAGAUAUCCGGGAUGCCAGUGUGAUACUCCGGCCCACAUCUACAACUACAGUUUCUGUCCCAAUCCACAUUGGCCCAGCUACUACGCCACCGCCUCUAGUAUCCAUCACUAUCUCAAAGACACAGCAGUCAAGUACGACUGUGAGCAAUACUUCAAGUACGGGCACAAAGUGACCAGUGCAGUCUGGGAUGAAGAGGUUGGAGAGUGGUGCCUCACGGUCAUUGACAUGGCCAAGGAAACCGAGUUUGAGGAUCGAUGCAAUGCACUGGUAAAUGCGACAGGCUUUCUUCAAACCCCAAAGUGGCCCAAAAUCAGGGGGAUGGAUCGCUUCAAAGGCCAGCUUGUCCACUCAGCCCUCUGGGAUGAGACGGUGGAAGUCGCCGGCAAGAACGUGGCAAUCAUUGGCAUUGGCUCUUCAGGGGCUAAAACCACGACACUUUUUGCCCGCUCCUCGACAUGGAUUACGUGCCCUCCAUCCAAACCAUCAGCACAACCUGCGCAGUUCGUAGAUGAACACAACAGUUAUCCCACCUCGACACAGCUCACCUUCAGCUCAGACCCCAAAUCCCUUCUCGCCCACCGUCGCGCUCUCACUAACGAACGCAACGCUGCUUUCAGGGCUUCAGGCGGUGGGCGAUUUCCUCAAAGUGCAACCCAGGAAGCUUGUCGAAAUAGUAUGGAGUCACGACUUCAGGUAGAGACCUCAGAAAAAGGCAGGAUUAUCGCUAAACGGCUGAUUCCGAAAUUUUCUGUUGGUUGCAGACGAGUAACUCCGAGCAAGGAUUUCUUGGAGACUUUGCUGGAUGAUAGAGUGGAGUGUGUCUUCCUCGAUCCACAGUCUAACCAGGCUGGAGGGAGUCCAGGUACCUCUAUCAAGACGUUUACCGGGCGGGGAAUCAUGCUGUCACAUUCGGCCAGCGAGGAGGAGGAAGAACGAGAAUUUGACGUGGUGGUAUGCGCUACAGGAUAUGAAGCGUCGUACAUCCCCUCUUUUGAGCUCGUGGGACGUGAUGGGGUGAGACUUGCGGAGCGAUGGAGCGGUUGUCACCGGGAUGGAGGUACUAACCCAGAGUGCUACCUUGGCACAACGGUGUCUGGCUUCCCCAACUACUUCAUGUUUCUGGGUCCCAACUCCCCGGUUGCGAAUGGAGGGUUAGUGCAGGCUAUCCAAGCUCAGGGCAUGUACAUCUACAAGUGUGUGAGGAAGAUGCAGACUCAAGGCGUAAGGUGCAUGGAGGUUCAAAGGAGUGUCAUGGACGAGUACAACGAACAUGCUCAGGCGUAUCUGAGGGGGAGUAUGUGGACAGAAGGAUGUCAGAGCUGGUACAAAAGAGUCGGCGAGGGAGGGGAAGACAGGGUAAUUGGUAUUUACCCUGGGAGUGCGUUCCAUUUCGUGGAGAUGAUGAGGCAUCCAAGGUGGGAGGACUACGACUUUGGCUACGGUUAUCCCGGCAUGGUUGGUGGUAGGAACGGGCCGUCUAUCAGACAAAACAGGUUUGCAUUCAUGGGCAACGGGUUCACGAGGAGGGAGGCUAUGGGUAAGAGUAUAGGCGGCACCUGUGUUGAAACCUUUGAGGAAUACUGGGACCUCAUGGAACUCCCAGGUAUUCACAGUUAGUGGCCAAUAUGACUUUGAGUUGGGAAAGCGUACGUUAAUGCGUGACUGAAGCAUGAAAGGCACCC